UCUCCAUCUCCGUCUCCAUCUCUACCGCCCCGCCUCCAGCGCAUCGCCCGCUCACCCUACAGCCAUGUCCAACAGCAUCGGAAACAAGCUCGGCCUCCAGGACAUUGAGGUCCAGGGCAAGAAGGUCCUCAUCCGCGUUGACUUCAACGUCCCCUUCGCCGAUGGCAAGAUCUCCAACAACCAGCGCAUCGUCGCUGCCCUCCCUACCAUCCAGCACGUCCUCUCGCACGGUGCCAAGACCGUUGUCCUCAUGAGCCAUCUCGGCCGCCCCGAUGGCAAGGUUGUGGCCAAGUACUCGCUCCGCCCUGUUGCCGACGAGGUCAGCCGCCUCCUCGGCCGCCCCGUCACCUUCCUUGAUGACUGUGUUGGCUCCAAGGUUGAGGACCACGUUGCCAAGGCCACCGACGGUGAGGUUAUCCUCCUCGAGAACCUCCGCUUCCACAUUGAAGAGGAGGGCUCUGUCAAGGACAAGGAGGGCAACAAAACCAAGGCCAGCAAGGAAGCCGUCGAGGCCUUCCGCGCUUCUCUCACCAAGCUCGGUGAUGUCUACGUCAACGAUGCCUUCGGCACUGCCCACCGUGCCCACAGCUCCAUGGUCGGUGUCCAGCUCCCCACCCGUGCCGCCGGCUUCCUCAUGAAGAAGGAGCUCGACUUUUUCGCCAAGGUUCUCGAGUCUCCCGAGCGCCCCUUCCUUGCCAUCCUCGGCGGUGCCAAGGUUUCUGACAAAAUUCAGCUGAUCAAGAACCUCCUUGACAAGGUUGACUCGAUGAUCAUUGGCGGUGGCAUGGCUUUCACCUUCAAGAAGGUCCUCGACAACGUCAAGAUCGGCACCUCCCUCUACGAUGCCGAAGGCGCCAAGAUUGUUGGCGAGAUUGUCGAGAAGGCCAAGGCUAAGGGCGUCAAGCUCUACUUCCCCGUCGACUUUGUUACCGCCGAUAAGUUUGACAAGGAUGCCCAGACCGGUCUGGCCACUGACGCCGAAGGCAUCCCUGACGGCUGGAUGGGUCUUGACUGCGGACCCCAGUCCCGCGAGAUCUUCCGCGAGGCUGUCCUCAAGUCCAAGAUGAUCCUCUGGAACGGCCCCGCUGGUGUCUUUGAGUUUGACAAAUUCGCCAACGGCACCAAGGCCCUUCUGGAUGCCGUCGUCGAGGCCACCACCAGCGGCUCGACCACCAUCGUCGGUGGUGGCGAUACCGCCACUGCUGCCGCCAAGUGGGGUGCCGAGGACAAGAUCAGCCACGUCAGCACCGGCGGUGGUGCCUCGCUCGAGCUCCUGGAGGGCAAGAUCCUCCCUGGUGUCGAUGCCCUCUCCACCAAGUAAAUACCAUGUCGACCACCCGGCCUCGUGCCGUCGUUUCUAGCCUUCUGCUGCCGAGUCUGAGGGACGCAGCUGUGCGGCUCUCGCCCAAUACGCAAUGAGCCACAUGCUUAGCAAUACAGAACAUUGUCUAUUUUCGAGG